ACCAUGAGCGAAUGAUCAGAUUUAAAUAAAAAUAUGGCGUUGGGCGGUGACAUGUGUCAUUAUUUGGAUCAGUAGUUCUUUAAUUAUAUGAUACAAUGUUUCAUUUACUGAAAUGUUAUUAUAAGAAAAUUGAAAAUUUUAUCAUAUCAAGUUUUCAAAAAACGUAACCUAAAGUGUAUACAUAAGUCAAUAUAAAUUAUAGAUAUCAGUACCGUUUUUAACCUUAAUAUAGAUUUUAAUAUAAGACUAUUAUACUUUCAUAUUGAUGAUACCUAAAAAAUUUUGUGCGGUUACCAUAGCGAGUUAUUAGAAGAGAUAGAGAGAGAGAGAGAGAGAGAGGUUAUGUCGACAUUUCAUCUUGACAAGCGCAACUGCUCAGCUGCGUUGAGAAGUAGAAUAUAAAAAAAGUCGCAAAAAGGUUGCGAGCAGUCAGUAAUCAUUCGGCUCUCGAUUGAGCAGGUAGUACGUAGAAGGAUCUUAUCAAUUUUUUCGAAGUGAACACAUUUCACUUUUGCUAUCUUUCUGAUUUGUUCAGAAAAUCAUUUUACAAUUUCGAAAAUAAAGAUACGAAAGAAGAGAGCAAAUAUGGACGACAAAAGAAUUGAGCAUAUUGUAAUGACACCAAAAUGCAAAACUGGAAAUUCAACAACUUUGAUUAUAGAAAGACAGGCUUUAGAACCUCCCACAGAAAAUGGAAAUGAUAAUGUACAUGUGGCUGGUGGAGAUCACAAAGGAAUAGUUAUCAAUAAACAAGCUAUUAAUGUGACAAAUGGGGAAGUAUUACCACCUCAUCUGUGUCUUCAAUUUAGAGUAUUUUUAGUAAGUACACAAACUGGGAAACAUACACAAGAGUCUAGAACACUUGAUUUUUGGUUUUGCGACACUUGUUCAGAAACUGAACAGCCCACUGUUGCACAAGAAUUUUUCAGAGAACUGGUUGCACCACAAGAAUUUCCAAGAGAUUAUGUGGGAUUUAUAAAAAAAAUAAUGAAACUAAUGCAACACAAGUACUCUAGUAUUAAAAAAUUAGAAGUUGAACUGAAACAACUUGAAGAACCAGUUUCGCUUCCGACUAGACCAUCUCGCACCGGUUACUUACUCAUCACACUUCCUUCGUCUAAGAAAAUUAUUUGGAGAACAGUAUCUACAGAUGAAGCUGUUAUGGAUCAAAUAGUGGAGCUCACUAUAGAAAAGGUGUUGGAACUUAUUGAAUCUGCUUAUCCAAACCCAGUUACUGUGAUUGAUAUAGCAAAAGAACAUGGUUGGGAAGUAUCUGCAGUUGAAGCCAAAAUGAAGGAAUUACAGGAAAAAGGUGUUGUAAAAGCAAUGGAACAUGGAGCCUUCACUAGAGUAGUACAUCAAGAUACUCAAGUUCAGGUUGUUAAACAAAUGCCUACAAUAGCCAGUUCUAAGCAGCCAACAAUAGCAAUUAUCACGGCACAGUAUUGCGAAAAGCUUGCAGUAGAUUCUAUGAUCGAAAAUAAAGAAACAUUUGUUCGAUACACGACUGUAGGUACAUCAACAUCGCCAGAUAUGACAGACGGAGUACCGCGCGUGAUUUGCCGUUUUGGAGAAUCAAACGUGUAUACAUUGGGUAACAUCGGUGCUCAUAGGAUUGUUUGCACAAAACUGCCAACCGUGGGUCAUACUCGAGAAGCUAUGACCGCAGCAGGGAAUACUACGACUAGACUAUUAGGUACUUUUCAAAAGGUUGAUUUCGUGUUCCUGGUGGGUGUUGGCGGAGGUGUACCGCAUUAUACGGAUUACAACAAGCACGUGAGGCUCGGCGAUGUGGUUGUUUCACACCCAACUCUGAUCAAUAAAAAAUAUGUAUACGUAUACUGCGAGAGUGCGAAGAUGAACGAAAAUGGUAACUAUCAUUUCGAGACCAAAGAAUACUGUCCACCUAAUCUAGGUCUUCAAGAGAUAGCCGUUAAUCUUAAACAACAGUCGGAGAACGAGAUAAGUCCUCCUUGGCAAGAGUAUCUGAAGGAAGGUAUAGAAAGUUUAGGUAAUCAAGCGGAGCACGAUUUCAAAGCACCACCCCCUGAAUCUGAUAAAUUGUACAUGGCUAUUGGAGACAGAGACGUCAUCGAAGUUGCUCAUCCUAUUGCUCCUCAGGAUACGACGAACAAGAGAAUGGAGGGUUGUCCUCGAAUCCACUUAGCACCAAUCGCUUCGGGUCGACAAAUUGCACGAGACGAUCAACUCAGGCAAAAAUUUGCCACUCGGUUUGGUGCUCUUGCUUUCGAUGCUGAAAUGGACGCCGUCGUUGAAAGUAUCCUUGGAAAUUGUAGAGAGAAUUUCGCAGUGAUACGAGGUAUCUCCGAUUACAAGGACGGUUCUCGUAUCAAGGAGUGGCAACCUUAUGCGUCUUUGGCAGCUGCGAGUGUUAUGAAAGCUGUUAUUUGCGCUAUGGAUCCACCAACCAAUGUUUAAUCUUCAUUGCUUUCCUGUUCCUUAAGUGGAUCGUUACCCGAAUUACUUAAUACGUCAUGUAUCGCAUUAAAAUGCGAUAUGGACCAAAUCUUUUCAUAAUCGAACGUCAGGUAACUUCGUUGACUAUAAAAUUGAUCGGCACAAAGUGCAUAAUAAUCGGCGAAUACUUUUGUUCGUCAUUUUUCACGGAUAUAGAAAUCUUACUAUAUACGUAGAAAUUGUUAUAAACGGGCCACCGGCAAUUUCAUUUUCUACUUUUAUUUCCGUUUCUAUUCGUCGAUUUUUUAUGAUAUAAUAGGUUUACACGAGGUGAUUUCCGAUAUAAAAAAAUAUAUGACGUAGACGUUCGAUAGGUACAAUGAGAUCGUAAACCAUUUUUGGUUGCUGGUCAACCGUGCAAUAAAACGAUUGAAAGAUACGCGUAAUUAUCGCCUUUCAAAAUGAUUUUUUUAUGUAUUUUACAAAGAGAUAAUGUUUCUACUGGAAAGUGCCAUUUUUUCAGAUAUCAUUUUUCUGAUAAGAAAUCAACUUCCAAUUCGAUUUUAUAUCACAACUUUUUCUGCACAAAUAUCGUUCGGGAUAUUCGAACGUGGUAAUUAUACUGACAAUAACGGUUGAUCUUAUACAAACGAGAUCUUCCUUGUAGUUUUCCAAUUAAUUUUAUCUACUUAGCUUCGUUUAUCAUUAUUACUUAUGCGCGAAUGCCCAUGCCAAUAGAUCGAAAAUGUACCGUUCAUGUCAGUCGAAAAGUUUAUAUCAAUGUGAACGUCGAACAAAUUUAUACCGAUAUUGAUUUUAAUUAUUUCAUAGAAACAGUGCCAUUGCUACUGUCCGACAUUAUAGAAUCCUUUUUACCUAAAGUGAUUAUCUAAGUUAGAUCUGCAUUUAGAAGUGGUUCCUUGGAUAUCUUUUCAAUAUUAAACUCUUAAUAGAUCGAUUUCAUGAUUUAUGAAUAGAACGUAGAGGAAGAAAGUAUUAAAUGUUAGGACUGAAAGGAAACGAGAAUAAAACUCGACUAUUUCACGGAGUAUUUUCGCUGUCGUACUUUCCAUCGUAAUAUAGGUAUCAAUCUCAACUUGAAUUUACUCGAUGAACGUAGCUAGGUUUAGAUGUGAUAGUCGCUAUAAAGAAAAAGUACGUUGCCAUCGUUUGGCGAUAUUUCUCAAAAUCCAAUCAAAUUAAUCGUUACAAUAUUAGGUACAUCUAUGAUCAUUACAUAUUUACCAGAGUAUAUUGAUGUUUUAAAAAGAUCACAUUUUAUUCAGGAAGCUGCAAGAGUGUUAAAGAUUACCUAACAUAUAUGGAUACUUUUAUAUUGAUUUACUAUUGUCGAAAAAAGAAUCGAUCGGGGAUAAAAUCGAUGUCUUCUCAGAUGAGUGUUCUUAAGAACUUCGAGAAUAUUGAUAAGCGUGCCAAUGUGUUCAUACGUACGAAGUAAAAAAUACUAUCUUUGAACAAAUUACAAAAUUUGAAUUACACGAACAUAUCGUUUUUUCCAAAAGCAUAUACGUUUCAUCCAACGUUUAGUAACAAUUCCGAUCAAACUUUAUCGAAUCCUUCCAUUACAACACUUCCUAGCAUUGCUAAUGCUUUAUAUUCUAAAGCACAGGGUAGUAAGUAAGAACUAAAUUAUAUUGUAUAUCUAUACAAAGAUUACACUUAUAUACAAAUGGGAAUAAAACGUAGGAAAGUACUAGGUGUGUAUAUAUAUAUAUAUAUAUAUAUAUAUAUAUAUAUAUAUAUAUAUAUAUAUAUAUAUAAUAUCUAUUGUGUUAGUAGUGCAAGUCAAACAUUUUAAUAGACAAAUACGCAUGAUUUAUUACCGAGAGUGAAAGUAUUUAUCAUUUAUAAAGUCUUUUAACUUAUAAGUGAUUAUCAUAUUUAUUUAUUUAUUUAUUAACAUGACAUAACGUUAUUGAUUAUUAAAAGUUAUUUUCUUUCUCUUUAAAUUGUAUCCGAUAAACAAAGCGAUCUAUUAUAUCUAUCGCUGGCACAAUAUCAAAAUGAUAGAAACAAUGUUUCUAAGGGUAAAAAAAGUGGACCGAAAAGACGAUGAAAAGUCACUUGUUGUGUAGGAGUACAAUAUUCAAAUUCUAUGAGCUAUAGAGAGGGAGAGAAAGAUAGCGAGAGAGAGAAGGAGAGAGAAAGAGAGAAUCAACUUAUACAUUAUAAUGAUAUAAAAUGAUAUAGUAUAUAUAUAUAUAUGAAUGAUAUAAUAUAUAUAUAUAUAGACGAGUUAUAUAUUAUAGAGUAAUGAAUUCGAUUUACCUGAUGAAAGAUUCCUAUGUAUGGCCUAACUUUAAUUUUAUGAUUAAAAUAUUUCUUUUUCUUGCGUUAUUGCAUUAAUAGGAAGUCUGACAUAUAUAUUUAUUCAUAUAAAAAUCAAUUAUGGCGAUACACAGUGGUAUAUUAUAAAAUAUGAGAAGGUCUUGUAAACGUUUUGCGUUUCUCAUUGCUUUGGUAGAAGUUACUUUCAUGCAUUUAUAACCGCGUAAGUUUUUACGACAAAGAAUAAUAUAAAAAGCUUUGCGUUUCCAACUGCGCAGUGUAUUUGCAUUCUUUCUUAUAACGCGCUUUCAACGCUAGUCGCACUAUUGUGUUUCUUUAUUCGUUCACAUAUAAUAAGUUAAUAUUUUAAUAUUACAGAGUAAUAAGAAAUUCCUGGGUGAGGUUUAGUAAUAAGAU